UCCUCAUAAUCAGUAUUUGCGGUAAUCUGCUGGGUAUAUAUACAACUCAAAAUGGAUAAUCUCAACUUAAUGUUUCAGUGAACAUGGCGCUGUUCAAUUUAAAGUCAGUUAUACUGUUUACCCUUGUUGGUAGCACCCUCGUAACAUCUCGCAAGGUGCCAAACUGGGAAGAGGUUUUUCGAGACUACCAGUCAAAAGUUGUUCCUCUCAGACAUUGGGGAAAUAAAAGCUACUGGAUGGGCACCAGCUUUCAGGCAACUUGGUUUGAAGCAUUAACCUUUUGCAGUCAAAUGCAUAUGCAGCUACUUACCAUCAACUCAGAAGAAGAAAAUUCAGUAAUUUACAGAUACAUAAGAGAGGCCAGCAAAGGUUUUGAAUAUUGGACAUCAGGUACGAGACUAAUUGACGGAAAUAAGUGGGUAUGGUUCCCCUAUGGCGACUUAAUAGAAUACACAAGAUGGUCAAACGGUCAACCUAGUGAUCCAAAUGGAGAAAAAUGUUUACAAGUUUGGAAAGUUGAUGACAAUUGGGGGUUACAAUGGAAUGACAGACCAUGCGAUGUCCGCUUUCAUUUCAUUUGUGAAAGAUAUGACUCUCAAAAUCAGGGGAGAGGACAGUCAAUAUUGUAAUAUGUUUGAAAAUAAUAAACAUUAUGAUUAUCAGUA